AAUUUUUUGGCUCAUAUAACAACAAAAUUGGUCAUAAUUGCAUUUGAACUCAACUUAAAAUUUUUCAAUUCUGUUCAUGUCGUUUCGAAUUACGUAAACUGAGCCUUAAAAUUCGUGCAUAAAAUUCCAGUUUUGAGGUUAUUUGUAGGUUGUCAAGUUCGUCCGAUCGUACGCGCUCAAAAGUAGUGCUGUGAGUGAGCAACAAAAAAUGUGUACGGAUUCGCGCGUAAAUAUCGAAAAAUUUUUGGGAUGCAACGUUGAAUGUUAGCGAAGAUAACACGCAACAUACUAUCAAAAUUUUUACCGCAGUCGUAUUGUUUUUAGUGAUACCUGGUGUGGAUUCCCGCCUUUUGUAGGCGUUGUCAAAGAGUUUAAUGGUGGCGAACGUAGUUAAUUUAUUUUCGUCGUAGAGUGUUGUAAUUGUUGUAAAACCAUGGUGUUAUCCUACGAGACAGACGCUGAUUUGGAAGAUAAACACACCGAACUUUGCAAUAAAUUAAACCUAGAUUUUAAAAUUUCCAAUGACGCCUGGGAUCGUUUUCAGUCCAUAAGCAAGAACUUUACAUUGGAGGGAGAGCCCCUUCAUUGGAUAGGCUGUGCAAUAUAUGUAGCUUGCUGGAAAUCCACAGCUUCGACAGCAAAUCAAAAUACGGUUCAAAGUAAUUGCGUUAAUUUAACAAGUCUUUUGCGGCACUGUAAUUUAAGCAUAGCACAGUUCUUUUUCAAAAUUAAACAAUGGUCUGAUAUGGCAAAUAUGUCUGAAGAGUUUAAGAAACGGAUAGAGUAUUUAGAGGGAAGCUUUGCUGUUGCUUAUAAUGUGUUUAAAGAAUAUCAACCACUGUUCCUACUAAUAUUUAAAGCACCAGAAAUUAGCGACGUCGAAGUAAAUAAGCAACACAGAAAUAGGAAACAGAAGUCUGUGCCUUGUACCUCUCUGAAAGUUUUUGAGUUUUGUUGGACUCUAUUUAUUGCCAUUAAAGGAGAAGACACAAAUUAUAACAAUGAUUUAGUCACUUCGUGCCAUUUAUUAAUUGCGAUUUGUGAUUGGGCUUUCAAAAAUGCAUUUCUUGCUGACCGUAGGGAUCUUCUGAACCCAGAGUUUCAAGGUUUGCCAGCUGAGUGGCCUAUGUCCACGUAUGUAUUACCUGAAGAGGCUCCGUGUAUUGUUAGUUUUUUAUGCCCAAGUUCCAAUAUGAUUACGGAAGUGAAAUAUAUCAAAGAAUAUCAGUUUAAAAAAUCGAUUAAAAAUCUUUUUGAGCAAGGCGUACUCUCAGGAAAAGAUCCUGACAAUGGUGAUGUACUUGAUUUUUCCGUUUUUGAACAUAACUUCAAGAAUAUUACAAAUACAUAUGAAACAAAUUAUUUGAGUAAGAGCGAUUUCGAUGAGAGAAUAUUUUUAGCUGAGUACAGAAGAAAAUUAAUAAUCAGGGAACAGAACCAAAGUAAUGCCCACAACUCCUCCAUCCAGGACCAAAAUGCAGCAGGCGCUUCUAGUCCUGAGUUGUCUAAAGAUAUGGUUGUUACUCAAGAAUGUUUGACGCCUCUUACUGGAAGGAAGUAUUUGGGGCCCAAAGAAUCGCAGGAAUCGACUCCUUUGGUCACAGCAACUGAGAGCAUUUCAAGGCUUAAUAGUCUGCUUCUUGGACGGCAACCAGCUCCCAGUGAAGCUUUGGUGCAAUUGUUUGAGUCUUGUGUUCAAAAUCCCACUGAAAGAAUCAGUGAAAUUGUCGCAAAUCUGGGUGAAAGAUUUGUAAAUUCUUGUCCCACAGAUCAGAGAGAAGUGGCUAAAAGAAGGCUGCAGUUUGGAAUAACGUUGUUUUACAAGUUUAUUGAAAAUAUUUUGCAAAAUGAACGUUCAAUGCAUUCAGAUAUUUCUGCUAUUGUUGAAAAAGAUGUUUUUUAUGAAUGUAUGUUUGCAUGUUGUUUAGAAAUUGUUAUUUAUUCAUAUAAUAGUCGACAAAAGUUUCCUUGGAUUUUGGAGGCGUUGCAAGUGCAGCCAUAUAAUUUUGUGAAAGUGAUAGAACUCAUAAUCCGUUCCAAGGAUAAGCUAUCCAGAGAUACCAUCAAACAUCUAAAUAUGAUAGAAGAAAUGAUUUUAUCUUCAUUGGUGUGGAAAUCUGAUAGCUUAAUCUGGGAAGCAGUUGCUUCUUCAGAUAAAGAAGUUCCGAAGUUUGAAGAAACUGCGUUACCUGGCCAUCUUCAAAAUGAACCUAGUUCUGAAAGUUCCACGUUAAGAAAUAUUCUUAAUUCUGAACCAAGGCAAAUUCAGUCACCUGGGCCUUCAGCGACGGACCGGUUUCAAUCACCUGUAGCACAUAGUAGUGCUGUAAAUCGAGAAUUGUUCCCGUCUGUACAAUCAAAUCAAUCGUUGUUGCAACACACUCAUUUAAUGAUCAAAGACCGUACUGGAAACACCAGAAUGAUUCCUAUCGUUAACAAUGACACUCAAAAAGUGCAGUCUCAAGUACCCCAGACAGGUCCAAAACGUUCAGAAAAUACUGCCUUAGCAAGACCAAAAAGAACAGGAGGUGUAUCGAUAGUUUUCAGAAAGUUUUAUAAUUUAUCAGGAGAAAGAAUGGAGCAUUUGUGCACUCAUUUAAAAAUCACGAAUAUCGAUACGAAGCGAAAAAUUUGGACAGUUUUUGAAGAAUUAGUCCGAAAAAACCAUUGUGAAUUGAUGAAGGACCGAAAUUUAGACCAACUUUUAAUGUGUGCCGUAUACAUGAUUUGCAAACUGACCAAUUUAAAUAAAAGCUUCGCCGAAAUUAUUAAAAGUUACAGAACUCAGCCACAGGCUACUAGCGAUAUCUAUCGUAAAGUAUUGAUUCGUGCUAAAAAAACCAAAGUUGUGGAUGGAGUUACGGAGGAAGUUCCAGAAGAACGUGGAGAUUUGAUACAUUUCUAUAACAAUGUAAUAAUUCAAGCAAUGAAGAAGUUCGCGCAAAAAUUCGUGGAUAACGGCGACGACCAUAAUGGUGAUAUUUUACUAAGUCCUUUACCAGCUUCCAGAGGACAAGUUGUUCAGGUCUAUGAUAAUAUCUUUAUCAAACCUUUAGAAAGUCCGACGAUGCCAUUUGGUACAGGAAAAGUACUCAAUUACUACUUUAGUCGUAGUCCUUCGAAAGAUUUGAAGGACAUUAAUAAAGCUAUUAAAGGGAACGGUGUCACAGGAAAAAGACUCUUAGUCGAAGGUGAAAAUGAAUUGCCGAAUACGAAAAGAAUCGCCAAUAGAAAAGUUCAGUCUUUGAUUGAGGAAAGACGAAGUCAAAAUACUGAAUGAAUUUUCAGUUAGAUUUUAGCAUUAAGUAUGUAUAGAACUUAAUUUUAUGGUAAUCCAAGUAAUUUUAAUUUUAAACUCUGAUUAUGACUGUUCGAUUUGAUUGACCUGUAUUUCAAUUCUUAAUUGGAAAGUUUCUGAACUAUGACUAUUGUGAUCUCAUAAGUUAUUUCUUUUUCAAUUGUGUAGCAAAAAGUAGUGAAAAUCAUGUUCUAGGGAUUAUUUAUUUCCGGUUUUGUCAUUUUAAAAGUUUUUAUUAAAAAAGUUCUCGUUGAAAUUUUACUGUGUCCUGUCUAUUUUAUUAAACAGAAGAUACAUCUUUAUUAGGUCGGAGGGGCAAUUAAUUCUUUGUACGAAUAACUCUACAUCUUUUUAAAUAAAUUUAUUAGAUUUUA